AUGCGCUCUGAUAGUUGGAGUCCUAGCAGCCAGCAAAUAACUUCCCGUCUUCCCUUUCCUCGCCCCUCCUCCUGUACAGUAUGUGUAAACGCCGCUUGUCAGUAUUUUCCCCGACCGUUUCGAAGAUGUAUACUCAUCCCCGAUACGCGCAGCGUUCAGAAUCAAUACCGGCGUUGUGGCCAUGCCAUAGAUUUGGUGGCGCAGGCUCCGUGCGACGACCGUUUCUGCAAGUUCAGCCCGGCGCACCCACCGACGUGUCAACCUCCAAGCUGCCUCCAGACGUGCUGGCAAUAG